AUGGAAACCACUGAUGCGGUUAAUGUCACGUCUGAGUCGAAAACAACAACCGUUGAUGAAUCAACAAGAACACAAAGUGGCACAACAAGUAGUCCUGACAAAGAAGCAACGACCAUAUCUUCUUCAGAAGUAUCAAUCACCCGUAGUGAAAACACUUCAUCAGCGGCAACACAAACAUCAACGGAACACAAAAGUACAGAAAUCGGCUCAAGUAAUGCUGAUCAAACAAUAUAUACUCCAACUAAAGAUGAUAUGGCUAUUACUGAAUUUACAACAGUAACGACUUCUUAUGAACCUGUAUCGAUUACCUAUAGUGUUGAGUCUGUGACAACUACGAAUAGUAGUCCCCAAAAUACUCCUGACGAAUCAACAACACCUGCUAUGUCUACUGAAUCAGUCACGAUUAGUACCGAAACUAUUACUACGUCAAUAGCUGAACAUCCAACCACGCUCCAUGACGAAUCUACAUCAGACACAUUGGAUAGCUCAAUAACUACUCCGGUAGAAACAAUAACAAAAUCUGAAACGACAACAAGCUCAGAAGCCAGAACGAGUUAUCUUGACGAAACAACAACUGUGGGAUCUACUAACACAAUCUUGAGCUCUACAUUUGAUAAAUCAACAGCAUCUUCCGAACAUACUUCAAACAUAGGAAUUAGUACAUCUUCUCCAGACGCAAUGGCAACUUAUACUUCUGUCGAAACAACUACGGAAAGUACUGAAACUGCACCGACCUCAACUACGUCUGAAUCAGUAAAACCAACUAAUGAUGAAACAAGCACACACAGUAGUACAAGUAGUCCUGACAAAGAAGCAACUUCCCUAACUUCCUCGGAAGCGACCAACAUUCAUACUGCAAACAAAACGUCAUUAACUUCAUCUGUAGCAACACAAAUAUCUACUGAACACAGAACUACAAAGAUCAAUUCAAGUAAUGCUGACGAACCAUCAACAACAACAGGUAUUAUCACUGAACAUAGGACGGCUACUGCAGAUGGUUCAACAGUAACCCUAUUGUAUGAUAACGAUACUGUUACUACAACCUCUACCACUGAAUAUAUCAUAACUACGGAUAGUAGAACCCAAAAUACUGCUGACGAAACAACAGCUACUACUUCUACUGAAUCAACCAUCAAUGAUACCGAUAGUUCCACAACUACCGUUACAGCUACAGAACUAACCACAUCCCAUGUAGAAUCAAAUAAUACAAUGGAUAGUUCAAUAAUUACUCCUAUUAAGACAACAACAUCUGAAACGACAAACUCAGAAAGUACCUUAAGUUAUCUUGACGAAACAAUAAGGACUACUCACACAGGCGUGAGCAAUACCAUUGAGAAAUCUACAGCAUCUUACGAAAGUAGUUCAAUCUUGGUAGGUGCUACAGCUUCCACAGACGAAAUAGCAACUUUAACUUCUAUUGAAGCCGCUACGGAAAGUAUUGAAACUGAACCGAACUCAACUACGUCUGAGUCAGUAAAACCAACCAAUGAUGAAACAGCAAGCACACACAGUAGUACAACAGGUAGACCUGACAAAGAAGCAACAACCAUAUCUUCCCCAGAAGUAUCAAUCACCCGUAGUGAAAACGUAACGUCUAUCACUUCAUCACUGGCAACACAAACAUCAACGGAACACAAAAGUACAGAAAUCGGCUCAAGUAAUGCUGAUCAUACAACAUACAAUCCAACUAAAGAUGAGAUGGCUACUACUGAAUUUACAACAGUAACGACUUCUUAUGAACCCGUAUCGAUUACCUAUAGUGUUGAGUCUGUGACAACUACGAAUAGUAGUCCCCAAAAUACUCCUGACGAAUCAACAACACUUGCUAUGUCUACUGAAUCAGUCACGAUUAGUACCGAAACUAUUACUACGUCAAUAGCUGAACAUCCGACCACGCUCCAUGACGAAUCUACAUCAGACACAUUGAAUAGCUCAAUAACUACUCCGGUAGAAACAAUAACAAAAUCUGAAACGACAACAAGCUCAGAAGCCAGAACGAGCUAUCUUGACGAAACAACAACUGUGGGAUCUACUAACACAAUCUUGAGCUCUACAUUUGAUAAAUCAACAGCAUCUUCCGAACAUACUUCAAGCAUAGGAAUUAGUACAUCUUCUCCAGAUGCAAUGGCAACUUAUACUUCUAUCGAAACAACUACGGAAAGUACUGAAACUGCACCGACCUCAACUACGUCUGAAUCAAUAAAACCAACGAAUGAUGAAACAAGCACACACAGUAGUACAAGUAGUCCUGAUAAAGAAGCAACUUCCCUAACUUCUUCGGAAGCGACCAGCAUUCAUACUGCAAACAAAACGUCUAUAACUUCAUCUGUAGCAACACAAAUAUCUACUGAACAGAGAACUACAAAGAUCAAUUCAAGUAAUGCUGACGAAACAUCAACAACAACAGGUAUUAUCACUGAACAUGGGACGGCUACUGCAGAUGGUUCAACAGUAACCCCAUUGUAUGAUAACGAUACUGUUACUACAACCUCUACCACUGAAUAUAUCAUAACUACGGAUAGUAGAACCCAAACUACUGCUGACGAAACAACAGCUACUACUUCUACUGAAUCAACCAUCAGUGAUACCGAUAGUUCCACAACUACCGUUACAGCUACAGAACCAACCACAUCCCAUGUAGAAUCAAAUAAUACAAUGGAUAGUUCAAUAAUUACUCCUAUCAAGACAACAACAUCUGAUACGACAAACUCAGAAAGUACCUUAAGUUAUCUUGACGAAACAACAACAAUAAGGACUACUCACACAGGCGUGAGCAAUACCAUUGAGAAAUCUACAGCAUCUUCCGAAAGUAGUUCAAUCCCUGAAAGUACUACUGCUUCCUUAAACGAAAUAGCAACUUUAACUUCUAUUGAAGCCGCUACGGAAAGUAUUGAAACUGAACCGAACUCAACUACGUCUGAGUCAGUAAAACCAACCAAUGAUGAAACAGCAAGCACACACAGUAGUACAACAGGUAGACCUGACAAAGAAGCAACAACCAUAUCUUCCCCAGAAGUAUCAAUCACCCGUAGUGAAAACGUAACGUCUAUCACUUCAUCACUGGCAACACAAACAUCAACGGAACACAAAAGUACAGAAAUCGGCUCAAGUAAUGCUGAUCAUACAACAUACAAUCCAACUAAAGAUGAGAUGGCUACUACUGAAUUUACAACAGUAACGACUUCUUAUGAACCCGUAUCGAUUACCUAUAGUGUUGAGUCUGUGACAACUACGAAUAGUAGUCCCCAAAAUACUCCUGACGAAUCAACAACACUUGCUAUGUCUACUGAAUCAGUCACGAUUAGUACCGAAACUAUUACUACGUCAAUAGCUGAACAUCCGACCACGCUCCAUGACGAAUCUACAUCAGACACAUUGAAUAGCUCAAUAACUACUCCGGUAGAAACAAUAACAAAAUCUGAAACGACAACAAGCUCAGAAGCCAGAACGAGCUAUCUUGACGAAACAACAACUGUGGGAUCUACUAACACAAUCUUGAGCUCUACAUUUGAUAAAUCAACAGCAUCUUCCGAACAUACUUCAAGCAUAGGAAUUAGUACAUCUUCUCCAGAUGCAAUGGCAACUUAUACUUCUAUCGAAACAACUACGGAAAGUACUGAAACUGCACCGACCUCAACUACGUCUGAAUCAAUAAAACCAACGAAUGAUGAAACAAGCACACACAGUAGUACAAGUAGUCCUGAUAAAGAAGCAACUUCCCUAACUUCUUCGGAAGCGACCAGCAUUCAUACUGCAAACAAAACGUCUAUAACUUCAUCUGUAGCAACACAAAUAUCUACUGAACAGAGAACUACAAAGAUCAAUUCAAGUAAUGCUGACGAAACAUCAACAACAACAGGUAUUAUCACUGAACAUGGGACGGCUACUGCAGAUGGUUCAACAGUAACCCCAUUGUAUGAUAACGAUACUGUUACUACAACCUCUACCACUGAAUAUAUCAUAACUACGGAUAGUAGAACCCAAACUACUGCUGACGAAACAACAGCUACUACUUCUACUGAAUCAACCAUCAGUGAUACCGAUAGUUCCACAACUACCGUUACAGCUACAGAACCAACCACAUCCCAUGUAGAAUCAAAUAAUACAAUGGAUAGUUCAAUAAUUACUCCUAUCAAGACAACAACAUCUGAUACGACAAACUCAGAAAGUACCUUAAGUUAUCUUGACGAAACAACAACAAUAAGGACUACUCACACAGGCGUGAGCAAUACCAUUGAGAAAUCUACAGCAUCUUCCGAAAGUAGUUCAAUCCCUGAAAGUACUACUGCUUCCUUAAACGAAAUAGCAACUUUAACUUCUAUUGAAGCCGCUACGGAAAGUAUUGAAACUGAACCGAACUCAACUACGUCUGAAUCAGUAAAACCAACCAAUGAUGAAACAGCAAGCACACACAGUGGCACAACAAGUAGUCCUGACAAAGAAGUAACAACCAUAUCUUCCCCAGAAGUAUCAAUCACCCGUAGUGAAAACGUAACGUCUAUCACUUCAUCACUGGCAACACAAACAUCAACGGAACACAAAAGUACAGAAAUCGGCUCAAGUAAUGCUGAUCAAACAACAUAUACUCCAACUAAAGAUGAGAUGGCUAUUACUGAAUUUACAACAGUAACGACUUCUAAUGAACCCGUAUCGAUUACCUAUAGUGUUGAGUCUGUGACAACUACGAAUAGUAGUCCCCAAAAUACUCCUGACGAAUCAACAACACCUGCUAUGUCUACUGAAUCAAUCACGAUUAGUACCGAAAAUAUUACUACGUCAAUAGCUGAACAUCCAACAACGCUCCAUGACGAAUCUACAUCAGACACAUUGGAUAGCUCAAUAACUAUUCCUGUAGAAACAAUAACAAAAUCUGAAACGACAACCAGCUCAGAAGCUAGAACGAGUUAUCUUGACGAAACAACAACUGUGGGAUCUACUAACACAAUCUUGAGCUCUACAUUUGAUAAAUCAACAGCAUCUUCCGAACAUUCAAGCAUAGGAAUUAGUACAUCUUCUCCAGACGCAAUCGCAACUUAUACUUCUAUCGAAACAACUACGGAAAGUACUGAAACUGCACCGACCUCAACUACGUCUGAAUCAAUAAAACCAACGAAUGAUGAAACAAGCACACACAGUAGUACAAGUAGUCCUGACAAAGAAGCAACUUCCCUAACUUCUUCGGAAGCGACCAGCAUUCAUACUGCAAACAAAACGUCUAUAACUUCAUCUGUAGCAACACAAAUAUCUACUGAACACAGAACUACAGAGAUCUAUUCAAGUAAUGCUGAUGAAACAUCAACAACAACAGGUAUUAUCACUGAACAUGGGACGGUUACUGCAGAUGGUUCAACAGUAACCCCAUUGUAUGAUAACGAUACUGUCACUACAACUUCUACCACUGAAUAUAUCAUAACUACGGAUAGUAGAACCCAAACUACUACUGACGAAACAACAGCUACUACUUCUACUGAAUCAACCAUCAAUGAUACCGAUAGUUCCACAACUACCGUUACAGCUACAGAACCAACCACAUCCCAUGUAGAAUCAAAUAAUACAAUGGAUAGUUCAAUAAUUACUCCUAUCAAGACAACAACAUCUGAUACGACAAACUCAGAAAGUACCUUAAGUUAUCUUGACGAAACAACAACAAUAAGGACUACUCACACAGGCGUGAGCAAUACCAUUGAGAAAUCUACAGCAUCUUCCGAAAGUAGUUCAAUCCCUGAAAGUACUACUGCUUCCUUAAACGAAAUAGCAACUUUAACUUCUAUUGAAGCCGCUACGGAAAGUAUUGAAACUGAACCGAACUCAACUACGUCUGAAUCAGUAAAACCAACCAAUGAUGAAACAGCAAGCACACACAGUGGCACAACAAGUAGUCCUGACAAAGAAGUAACAACCAUAUCUUCCCCAGAAGUAUCAAUCACCCGUAGUGAAAACGUAACGUCUAUCACUUCAUCACUGGCAACACAAACAUCAACGGAACACAAAAGUACAGAAAUCGGCUCAAGUAAUGCUGAUCAAACAACAUAUACUCCAACUAAAGAUGAGAUGGCUACUACUGAAUUUACAACAGUAACGACUUCUUAUGAACCCGUAUCGAUUACCUAUAGUGUUGAGUCUGUAACAACUACGAAUAGUAGUCCCCAAAAUACUCCUGACGAAUCAACAACACCUGCUAUGUCUACUGAAUCAAUCACGGUUAGUACCGAAAAUAUUACUACGACAAUAGCUGAACAUCCGACCACGCCCCAAGAAAAAUCUACAUCAGACACAUUGGAUAGCUCAAUAACUACUCCUGUAGAAACAAUAACAAAUUCUGAAGCGACAACAAGUUCAGAAGGUACAACGGGUUAUCUUGACGAAACAAGAACUAUAGGAUCUACAACAUCGAUUGCCUCAUCCUUGGUUACACAACUAUCUACUGAAUACAGAAGCACGGAAAUAAGUAUCGUCGACAAAACAAAAACAACCGGUAUUGAUAGUAUAUCUACUGAACCUGGAGUGCCUACUACUGAGGGUACAUCAUAUGCUUCACAUGCACCGGUAAAUACUACUUAUACUGUUGAAUCUAUAGCAACCACGGAAGGUAAUCUACAACAUACUCCUGAUGCAUCAACAGGACCUGCUACUUCUACUCCAUCAACUGCAGAUAUUACUGAAAUCUUGAUAACAAACACAGAUAAUGAAUCAAUUACAACAACGGAAAGUAGCACGCAAAAUACUUCUUACGAAAUGACUAAACCCGCUACUUCUAUUCAGUUAACCACAAAUAUUACUGAAGCUACGCCAACUAUGACUAUAUCUCAGCUAGGAAAUGGAACUGUCGACACAACGAUAAAAACAGAUAGCAUGGAAAGCACAAAUGAUGCUGCAACGGAGACUAUUUCUACAGAAACUUCUAUUACCAGUUCAAAACCUUUAGUGACAUUAGUUACAUCGGAAUCAAUAUCAACCAAAGAUUCAACACAAGCGGUACCAAGUACACAAAUAACAUAUCAUCAAACUAUGACGACCGAUACUGCUACAGAGUCGACGAGGAUGAUUACAUCUGAGACAAUAAAAAGCACUGCUCAACAAAGCAGUGAUGAAACUAUCACUACAUCUGGAUCAGCAUUUAUAACAGCUGAUAAUAUAUCAAUUAGUACAGGAAGUAGCACUCAUAAUACAGCUGACAAAACAACAAGUUCUCAAACUGAAGCUGUAACGAGUAACAUCAGCAUUGUAAGUUUGAUAACAACGAUUUCACCUGAAGUAAUAACAACCACGACGGCUACUGAAGAAGGAAAGAGUACAGAGAUGAUACUUUCUACUGAUGUAACAGCAACCACAUCGGGAUCUGUGAUGACCACGGCUGCAUCUAUCCCAGUAAUCACAACCACACCACAGGUAUCCACCACAGGGAAUAUUGGAUCAACAGCAAACACUGAUAUUUCAGAGUUAACAACGGCUCCAUCCACACAUGCCCCCAACACCUCUGUCAAUGUUGUUAUGGAAUUUGGGUCUAGUGUUGGGGAUUCAUCAUUAUAUGGCGAUGAUGUAACAAGUAAAGGACAACGUUUAGAAACACAGAUUUUCAUUGGAGAUGGAUCAGAUGGUGGAUUCACGCAAGUAUACGUGAGUAUAUUUUCAUUUUAA